AUGUCGGAAUAUCGUUAUUCUCAGCUUUCGCUACCCACCAGCAUCCGCCUCCUUCGACUGCUACCAAGCGAAAAGGACGCAAAGAGCUUACGAUGCGAACUCUUCGAUUAUCGCUUACGAAACUCAAAUAAACCAUCUCAUCCUUACGAAGCACUAUCGUACGUUUGGGGCAGCGAGGACAAACCACAGACCAUCAUUAUCGAUAACCAAAGUUUGGAUGUUACGCAAAAUCUCUACACGGCGCUUCUACAUCUCCGAGACCAUGGCUGUUCUCGAAUCAUCUGGAUAGAUGCUAUUUGCAUCGACCAAGCAAAUGAUAAGGAAAAAGAAGAUCAGAUCCCGUUAAUGGCAGAGAUUUACGCCAAAGCACACCGUGUAGUUGUUUGGCUUGGGGAGGCUGAGAACGAUAGCGAUCGAGCGCUUGAGGCAAUACGUCUCACAGGCGAGACCACUGCAAGGAUAUCAAACACAGAAUUAGACCAAACGGCAUUUCUGCAACUGCUUCAACGGCCAUGGUUUCGGCGAAUUUGGGUUCUGCAAGAAAUGGCAGCAGCCCGACAUAUUCUGAUCAUAUGUGGUUCUAUAGAGAUUGAUGGUCAUGCCUUCUGCUCAGGUCUAGACGUUUUAGGUGCAGGCUUCAAAUUCUCCACGAGUCAAGUUGCCUUCUUGAUCCGAGGAGCAAUAUUCCGGUCUAGGAAUAUGUCGCGAAAGCAGGGGAUACUCUCGCUAGAUAUUUGUUCUCUAGGCGAGCUCAUUGAUAUGUACCAUUCCCAUCAGGCAACGAAACGCCACGACAAGGUAUAUGCCUUGCUCGGCAUGUGCUCGGACGAUUUAAGUACAGCUGGCCUAGAGCCUGACUAUAGUCUUCCGUGGAGGGUGCUUAUGCAGCGCGUGGUCAAGUUCCUUCUUAGUGAUCAUGUCUCCGUUGAUACCUGGAACGAAAAGGAGACGGCGGUUAUUAAGAGCAAGGGCUGUGUACUUGGCAAGGUGGCAACGGUAGGUAUCAACAAUGUUUCGGGUGGUAGACAAAAUGUGAAAGCCAUAAUCAAGACAUCACCAGGGUGUGGAAUAAGUGGGAGCGCUAGUUGGCUUCUGCAGACCUCGGCCAAAUCCAUUCAAAACGGAGACCUGAUAUGUCUGUUGCGAGGAGCCUUAAUGCCCACGAUCGUCAGAUUACGGGGGGAUCAUUUUACAGUUGUUGUAAUCGCGGCCGUACCUCCGAAGCACAUACAUGCAAAGAAUAAUGAUGUUGAGUGGUCGGAACUUGCGCAAUCGGCAUCUUUCAUACGCGAUUUUCUUCUUAUUUGGGACUGGGAAACCUCC